ACUUGACCAGGACUCCCAUUGCGCCUUCUCCCCCUUUCCGAUUCCGAGGCUUCCUCCUCCUCCCUCCGUCCCUCGUUCUUUCGCUCGCCGCUUUCUUCCCCGAAGAGUCGUCCUUGGACUAGUCCUGUUUCUUUCUGACUUCGCCACGCGCGUUCCGUUCCGCCGCCAAAAAUAGCCGCUCGCGUACCUGACAACUUAAUUCCUCUAGCUAGCUCUCUAAAUCUCCCUUUCUUGGCGCGUCGUCCAUGGCCGCAAAGCUCAAAAUAUAUCCCCCGAGCUUCGCUCCCUCCCUCCCGUUCAUUGCCAUCGGCUCUCCUACCCUGCAGCUCAUCCUACGCCACCCGCCUUUAACAUAUCCUCCCCCCGUGGAUUCUCCUCCUCCCCCUCCUUUACCUCCUCCUAACCUGACUUAGCUUCCUUCAUCGCGCGGCAGGAUGACGACCACCUCCAUCCGCCGCGGCGUAAUUAUUGUACUCUCCUCCCUCCUCCUCCUCCUCCUCCUCCCUUCCGCCUCCUCCUCCUUCCGCGUCGACGUCAUCCGCCGCCCCACUCCCACCCCCUCCUCCGCCACCCCUGCCUUCCGGGAGGCCCCCGCCUUCCGCAACGGCGACGACUGCCCCGCCUCGCUCCGCGUAGAUGUCGCCAUGACCCUCGAUGCCAACUACCUCCGCGGCACCAUGGCGGCUGUCCUCUCCAUGCUCCAGCACACCUCCUGCCCGGAGAGCGUCACCUUCCACUUCCUCGCCGCCCGCCCAGAGCUCGACGUCCUCGCCGCCAUACGCGCCGCCUUCCCCUACCUCGACUUCCGCGUCUACCGCUUCGACUCCGCGCGCGUGCGAGGUCGCAUCUCCCGUUCCAUCCGCCACGCUCUCGACCAGCCCCUCAACUACGCCCGUAUCUACCUCGCCCACAUCCUCCCCGCCGACGUCCGCCGAGUAAUCUACCUUGACUCCGACGUCAUCGUCGUCGACGACAUCCGACGCCUGUGGCAGGUCGAUCUCGAGGGCCGCGUCGUGGCCGCGCCAGAGUACUGCCACGCCAACUUCACCAAGUACUUCACCGACAACUUCUGGGCCGACCGAGAACUCGCCGGCACGUUCCGUGGCCGCCGCCCGUGCUACUUCAACACCGGCGUGAUGGUGAUGGAAGUGGAGCUGUGGCGAACAGGGGGAUACACUGAGAUGGUGGAGCAGUGGAUGGGCGUGCAGAAACAGAGGAGGAUCUACCAGUUGGGUUCGUUGCCCCCCUUUCUGCUGGUCUUGGCGGGAAAGAUCAAGGCGGUGGACCACCGGUGGAACCAGCACGGCCUCGGCGGAGACAAUCUGGAGGGCAAGUGCCGGAGCCUGCACCCGGGUCCCAUCAGCCUUCUCCAUUGGAGUGGCAAGGGGAAGCCAUGGCUGAGAUUGGAUUCCCGGAAACCCUGCGCCGUCGACUACCUUUGGGCUCCUUACGAUCUCUACCGGUCCUCGUCGCCGGCCCUGGAAGGGUAGCUAAUUAGAUUGCACGGGGGGACGAAGACCGAUCGAGUCGGAGAGAGGGAGAGAAUUGGCUUGCAAAUUAAUUUUAACUAGGAGAGUUAUAUAAAACAUAUUGGGGUGACCCACAAGAUUAAAAAAAAAACAAACAAACAAACAAAGGACGGGAGCAGUAAUUUCAAUAUUAUUAUCCAUUUAUGAAAUUUUUUAGCUGCCUUAGCUGAAUAGGAAGAGAAAAAUAUUUAACUAUUUCUUUUAUAUUUAAA